AUGGCGAACCAGCAAGAGACCGGAAAGAAAGACCCUCUCACGGGCAUGGCGCACUCUGAGGCGCAUUAUUUCAACAGUUACAACCACCAUGGCAUCCACGAGGAAAUGCUGAAAGAUGAAGUCCGAACCAAGAGCUACCGCGACGCUAUCUACCAAAACCCCCACCUGUUCAAGGACAAGGUCGUCCUUGAUGUCGGAUGCGGUACCUCCAUCCUCAGCAUGUUCGCCGCCAAGGCCGGUGCAAAGCACGUUAUCGGUGUUGACAUGUCAACCAUUAUCGAAAAGGCAAAGGAGAUUGUCGAGGUAAACGGCCUGUCGGAUAAGAUCACCCUGCUACAAGGCAAGAUGGAAGAGGUUGUCCUGCCCUUCGACAAGGUCGACAUAAUAAUAUCCGAGUGGAUGGGCUACUUCUUGCUCUACGAGUCCAUGUUGGACACUGUCCUGUAUGCACGCGACAAGUACCUGGUCAAGGACGGCCUUAUCUUCCCCGACAAGGCCACCAUUUUCAUGGCCGGUAUCGAAGAUGGCGAGUACAAGGAUGAGAAGAUUGGCUUCUGGGACAACGUUUGGGGCUUCGACUACUCCCCACUCAAGGCCACUGCCAUGACUGAACCUCUCGUCGACACUGUUGACAUCAAGGCCGUCGUUACUGACCCUUCACCGGUCAUCACCCUCGACCUUUACACGUGCACCGUUGCAGACCUCGCAUUCCGGUUACCGUACGAGCUCAAGGUGCGCCGCAACGACUUUGUUCACGCCGUCAUUGCCUGGUUCGACAUUGAGUUUGCCGCCUGCCACAAGCCCAUUCGCUUCUCUACCGGCCCUCACACAAAGUACACGCACUGGAAACAGACUGUCUUCUACCUCAAGGACGUCCUGACUGUCGAAGAGGGCGAGACAAUCAGCGGUACCCUGGAGAACAAGCCCAGCGAGAAGAACCACCGCGACUUGGACAUCACCAUCUCUUACAAGCUCGAGAGCCAGGAUAUGCACAGGCAGGCGGCUGGCGAGGCACAGUACAAGAUGUGCUAG